GGUCUCCACAUCUCCAGACAGUCCGACCGACACACCGAAUCCGACUUUACGCACAGGAGAGGGCGGCCCCGGCAGCGCGUACUCGUCUUCUAAAGGCUGAAAGUAACACUGACAGUCCCACUUUAAUGGGUGACGCGCUAAAAAGACUUUUGGAAAAGCUAAAGGGAAACUUACCAUCGUCUUUUAGUCCGGACGUUGUGCAGUUUUCUCGUUUGAGUAAAAGACUGAUUUCCUAACUCGGCGCGCAACUGUUCGAAAAGUAUCGAGGGAAUCACUUGUACGUGGUCUGCGUUAUUAUUGCGGUUCUGUGCGUAAAUGAUGUUUAUGAGAAAUUAAAUUAGUGAAGUUAAAUCAGAGCACGCACCGGCUAUGCAACCCGGCCGUUUGGAGACAGUCUGAAUCGUUUGAAUCAGGCUUCAUAUUCAGAGCAUGGUCUGAUAACUGGAAGACAGAGAGAGGCAGAAAGUAAGAAAUAAAGAGCUAAAAAGACAUUUUGGACACUUUGAGGCGUGUUUGAGGGAACGUCUGCCUCUCAGGUCCAGGUGUCCCGCCGAGCGGUGCGGAGUCUCCAGCUCAGGCCGGCGGCGCUGACAUGCUGCCCAAAGUCGACACUGAAUCCCUGGGACUCUCUCGAUCGUAUGGGGAACAGGGGCACAUGCCAAGGAACAUGCAAGCACACCAGUUAAAAAUGAUGGACUACUCAUAUGACGAAGACCUUGACGAGAUGUGUCCCGUGUGCGGAGACAAGGUUUCAGGGUAUCACUACGGACUCCUGACCUGCGAGAGCUGCAAGGGCUUCUUCAAGCGCACCGUCCAGAACAACAAACGCUACACAUGUAUAGAGAACCAGAGCUGCCAGAUUGACAAGACCCAGAGGAAGCGCUGCCCAUACUGCCGCUUCCAAAAGUGCCUCACCGUCGGCAUGAAGCUAGAAGCUGUGCGGGCGGACCGAAUGCGUGGCGGUCGCAACAAGUUCGGCCCAAUGUACAAACGUGACCGGGCCCUCAAGCAGCAAAAGAAGGCGCUGAUCCGAGCCAACGGCCUGAAGAUUGAGGCCAUGACUCAGGUGAUGCAAGCUGUGCCCACUGACCUCACCAUCACCUCAGCCAUCCAGAACAUCCACUCGGCCGCAUCCAAGGGCCUUCCACUGAGCCACCACCCCGGCCACCACACUGGUCACCACCACCACCACCACCAUCAUCAUGCCACCGCCCUGCCCCCCACAGACUACGACCGCAGCCCAUUUGUCACUUCGCCGGUCAGCAUGGCAAUGCCACCACACGCCGGCAGCCUGCAGGGCUACCAGGCGGCCUACGGACACUUCCAGGGCACGCGCACCAUCAAGUCCGAGUACCCUGACCCGUACACCAGCUCACCGGAGUCCAUCAUGGGCUACGCCUACGUCGAUGCCUAUCAGUCAGGCUCGCCGCCCAGCUUCCCUCACCUGAUCGUAGAGCUGCUUAAGUGUGAGCCAGAUGAGCCGCAGGUUCAGGCCAAGAUCCUGGCCUACCUGCAGCAGGAGCAGGCCAGCCGAGGCAAACACGAGAAGCUCAACACCUUCGGCCUCAUGUGCAAGAUGGCCGACCAAACACUCUUCUCCAUUGUGGAGUGGGCACGCAGCAGCAUCUUCUUCCGUGAACUCAAGGUGGACGACCAGAUGAAGCUGCUGCAGAACUGCUGGAGUGAACUCCUCAUCCUCGACCACGUCUUCCGGCAGGUGGUGCAUGCCAAGGAGGGCUCUAUCCUAUUGGUCACUGGCCAGCAGGUGGACUAUGCAGUGAUUGCUUCACAGGCGGGAGCCACCCUCAACAACCUGUUGAGCCACGCCCAGGAGCUGGUGGCCAAGCUACGCUCCCUGCAGCUGGACCAACGGGAGUUCGUCUGCCUCAAGUUCCUGGUCCUAUUCAGCCUGGAUGUGAAGAACCUGGAGAACUUCCACCUGGUAGAAAGCGUCCAGGAGCAGGUCAACGCAGCGCUGCUGGACUACGUCAUGUGUAACUACCCGCAGCAAACAGACAAGUUUGGCCAGCUGCUCCUCCGGCUGCCGGAGAUCCGAGCCAUCAGCCUGCAGGCCGAAGAAUACCUUUACUACAAACACCUGAAUGGUGACGUGCCCUGCAACAACCUGCUCAUUGAAAUGCUACACGCCAAGAGAGCUUAGGAGUCAACUUCGCUACCCAUAAUGCAGCUGUGCAGACAUCCUGAGUGUUUUGCUGCAGCCAAAAAACUCCAAAUAAUGCUUUCACCAAACUGAAGCUCCAGCUCAGACUUGACUGUGUAAUGUGCACACACAAAUAACAAAUGGAUCCCUUUAUUCUAAAAAAAAAAAAAAAAAGAGUCUGAAAUAAGAGCUGCUUCUCCUCAAACACACAAAGACAAUACUGAAAAGGGAAAUGACACUUGAAACAAACACUGCAUUUGACACUUCGAGAUGGGAUGUAAUCAUCUGCACUAGCACAGACUAUCAAGACUGGCAGGCUGCAACUUAAAGCAUUAACAACCCUCGAAUGUUUUAGCGCUGGUGACACUGUGAGAGGCUUUUUGUGCUGAGAAAGGAAGCUGAGCAACACAGCCCAUCUUUCAGACAGCUUUGUGACGAGAGCUGUGGCUUAUUUCGGUCAACAAGUGUGCUCUCUCACUGAAACUGGCUUUUAGCCGUUGUUGGUACUGUAAAGACAAACGGACAAGCAGUCGACCAGGCCAGAGACUCUUACCUACUGUCACAUCUGUUCUUUGAACUCACAUAAGAUGUCUGCCACGGCAGCUUUACCUGACUGAAAAGGGAGAACUAACGGUAAAAAAAUAAAGGUCUAAAAAAGGAACAUUCUUCAAUGAACAAAAUGAUAAAUAGGCCAAUAAGAAGAAAAAUAUGUUCCUUUUCUCUUGUAAUGGAAUUCAUUUGCUCCUCAUGGUCACCUUGUGGUUCCCCUUUCUUAUUCCACCUCCCCGAAUCAUCUUAAACUAUGUACCUCAGAAAGACCAGUGUUAAAUAAAUUCAAUUAAUUAUGUCAGCUGAAACAAUUGUAUUUAUAGCCCUUUUUUCCUGCAAAAAAAAAACACCCUUCCUUUUUAUUAUUUCAUUACAACUGGAACAAAACAAAGUGUGAUUCUGGAGAUGGAGAAGGAUCGACCCUGCCUUUGUCCGGAAAGACCAAAGCCUGCUGCAGAACAGAAGAAGGAAAUUACAAAAACCUUAAUAAUCAGUAUUAUAAGAGAAAAAAAAAAGAUUUGUGAUGUCACAGUUAUGAGUCUUGCCUUAUUUCAUUACCAUGCUAGCUAACCGUGCAGAUGUGAAUGGAAAUAUGUACAAAUAUAUAUAUAAAGUAUUAAUGUUGUAAAAAUUUUAAAAAGAAUAAUUCAACAGGUGUUUACAUUCAUGUGGUCAUAUGGGAGAGAACUGUGAUGAAGCAUAAAUUGCAAAGCAAUGAUUUCCUAAAAAACGAAAUCAACGAAAUGGAGAAAAAAAAGGUUCCCUGGUUUGCUUUCUUUGAUGUGUGUACAGUGUUUUAUUUUUUAUUUGUUUUGAGCAGUACUUAAAUUAUGUCGUGAGACACUAAAAUCAAAAAGGAAUCACACUUAAAAUAUUAAUUUCUAUCUGUGUCUGCUGGCAUUCAAACAUUUGUUUCUUAAGCAUUUCUGUAUAAGGGUUCUGUUUCACUUUCAACCUUUUUGUAGACUUUUUUAUUUACAGUGCUUUUACCUUUUUGAUGUACAGUAUGUCACUGGUUACGCUUAAUAAUGAAGAUAAUUUAUUGCGUCUCUGGGUUUCCAUCUAUGUGUUACAUGACGUGAGGUGUCUGCGCCAGAAUAAAUUUGUUUACUAUAGCAUGUUCUUGUUUUGUUUCCACAAGUAGUUCAGAGAUGCAGGUCUGGAGCAAAAUAAUGGGCUUUCAAAAAGAAAAAGAUCACCGCAAUUUUUUUGUCUUUUAAAUGUUUAUGCAAGUCUGUACAUUGAAAAGAGUAUUGUAUUUAAUGCAGUUUAAUAGUGAAUAGGUGUGAAAGAUGUUUGUGCCACAUCCGUUUUUCAACCUGCAUCAUUGUUCUGUCCAGUUUGCUCUUGUACCAAAGACAGCAUCUUUCCUCCUGUGAGCUGUGACUUCUAGUAUUGUAUCCAAAAUGAACAAAACUGGCUUGUUUUUAAACAUUUUUUCUUAAAACAUGGCACCCUAAAUUAUUUUCAUGUGGAGUAGUUGUUGUAACUGUUUUUUCAAAAUGUCCCAACACUUGCCUCCCACAAUAACCUGUGGUGUUAAUUUGUUUACCUGUCGAUGUUUUGUUAAUUAAGUCAUAGAACGAUCAAAAAUCUUUCAAUGGCAUGUUUAAUGUACAGAAAAUUCACUUAAAUCCCAUGUCCCAAUCCCAUUAAGCAGUCCCUGGUCCCGAACUCCAUUUUCUAACAACCUCAUUAAUUGUGUCUAUUGAUCAGACAAUCUUUUAUCACCCACUUCCUCAAAUUCUGUGUUUAGGUUCUGCAGCUUCCUUGGAUUACCACAUGCAGGCAAUACAGUCAUGCACACGAAUGUGGUCAUUGCAGAAGUCCCAUUUUUUACUGCAUGCUUGACAAAACUGCUGCAGUCCUGCUCCAUCCCCAACAGGAGUUUGUUUGGAGCUGAAGUUUAGUAAAAGCUUGGAGAAACAGUUUUCUGUCACCUCAGCUGUCAGAAGUUAAAGGAAAUGGUCUGAAAUUCAGCUUUACAACAAACCAAUCUGAAGCUUAAAAGUAACUGUCAAGACAGACUUGUAUGUAAGAUAAAUGCUUUAACAAGGACUUAAACAAUGACUACCUCUGUGCAUUCACAUGCUCAUGUAAUACGGUCAACACAUGGAUACCCAAUGCAUCAAAAUGCUAUUUCCCUCCCGCUUGUCUAUGACUUUUGCCCCUCCUGCUGACAUUCUGACUGCCCCAACCAUAUCCCUGUCAUGGGGAGCAUCUCUCUGAGGCUAAUUGAAUUUUUGCUCAUAUUUCAAUAAAUAAUUAUUAUGCUUAUAACACCA